ACUAGCAGACACUGUAAUGCUGAGGACUCUGUGGGAGUGGGAUCCGCAGAGCACACCAAAGUCAAACAGAAGCGUUUCUCCUCCCCACUUAAAGGUUUAUUUUAGAGGGUGUCCGAAGUGUGUUUGUUUAUUCAACAUGUUACAUCUGUCCUGGUUUGUUGUACUGACUGAUAUUAGGUGGUUUGUUGUACUAACUGAUAGUGAUGCACCGAUAUGACAUCUUUGGCCGGUACUGAUAUCCGAUAUUUUCCUUACCGAUAACCGAUAUUUAACAUUUUUGCGACCUUUUAAUCUUUUAAGUAGAGUUUGUCGUACUGACUGAUUUUAGUUGGUUUGUCAUACUGACUGAUACUAGGUGGUUUGUCAUACUGACUGAUACUAGGUGGUUUGUCAUACUGACUGAUACUAGGUGGUUUGUCGUACUGGCUGAUAUUAGGUGGUUUGUCGUACUGGCUGAUAUUAGGUGGUUUGUCGUACUGGCUGAUAUUAGGUGGUUUGAUAGCCCAUUGAUGAACUGUCAAUGCAUCCCAUUAACAGUCCAUGCUAUCUGGUGCUCGCGAGCUCUGCCUCACUUUAAUCAGUCUUCGAUUGCAACACGUUUUUCUAAACCUCAUCAGUUUGUUUUUUUGUACUGACUGAUAUUAGGUUUAGUUGGUUUGUUGUACCGAAGCGGAAGAGAGAGGCCCAACUCAGCGGACAAUCUGUCUGUCUCCAUCAGGUGGUGUUUUUUGUUGUUUCGUCCACCAAGCAAGAGAUUGUCGAAUUUAGCCAACAAUAAAAUGAAUGGCUUAUUUGCUACGAGAAGUUUAUUUGUAAUAUAAGUUUUGUAAUGCUUAAGUUAUGAGUGUACUGAUAUAAGUAGGACACAUUACAUCAUUGUCACUUGAGAACAAACACUAUCUCGGAGAUGGCUAUGCAUAUUCAUGGGAUGAGGCUAGCAGCAUCUCUCGCCAUUGAAUACAGGCAGUUAACGUCAACAACCCUUGUCGAAUAUUCAAAAAAGGAUUACAAUAAUCCACCAAUCCAAAGAAAAGAUAGGCAGGAGCUAGACAGUCUGCCUUGCCGCUUUGCGGACAACGACGCCCAUCGUUAGGGCGGGGAGAUGUAUAUUGUCAGUAUAUCCAUAAUCUUUGGUUUGAGUAGAGUAGCACUUUAUUGAUCCCAACUUGGGAAAUAGUUUUCACUCAGCAUCACUAAUAAAUUACAAAGACAAUGACAAACACAUGAUAAAAAUGAUUUAGAAGACACCUAAGAAGGCAAUUCCUAUUGAGAAGGCAUCAUAAAUGAGUCAUUUACACUUGUUAAAAAGCCUCAUGGCUGUGGGUAAAAAUGGUCUUCUGAACUGCUCUGUGGAGCUUCUGGGCAGGAUGAACCUGCUACCGAAGCUGCUACUGUGCGGCAUUCAAGUGCUGUGUGGAGUGGGUUGAAAAACUCCUCGCUAUGGAUUGCAUUAGUCUUCUCAUCAUCCUGUGUCUCAUUGUUAUGUACUGUGUGUCUGUUGUUGUAGAGAAGCAGUUUUCCUGUCCUAUGUGUGCUCUGGUCUGCACAGAUGCCUUCAUCCUACAGGAACAUGUUGAAUUGCACUUGCUGGAAGAGAGCCCAGCUGAAGAGGCUGUCCUGGGGGCCACAUCAUCAACCGAGGCAGCAUCAACCAGCAACAGCUCAGGUGGGAAGAGUUAUGAGUGUCCCCUGUGUUCUGUGGUGUGUGGAGACUGCUACUCCCUACAGGAACAUGUGGAGCUGCAUCUUGACUAUGGUACAGCCACUAGUGCAGUGAGCCCUGGCUCAGACCUGAGGCUGGCCAGACGGCUGCAGGAGGAGGAGAAGCAGAGGAGGAAGGAGCAGGAGGCCAAGAGGGAGGCUGAGGAGUUCAAGAAGCUGCAGAGGCAGUUUGGUGUGGACGGGAGGGGGGGCUACCGCAAACAGAUGGAGAGGACCAUGGAGAAAGCCGUGUCUCAAGGUGUCAUGGUGCCUGCUGACUUCCACAACAAGAGAGCAGAGAUGAUGGAGGCUCUGGCCUCAGGGGUCGACGAUGGCAGGACCAGAACGCAGGGUGGGCUGGGUGCUCUGUAUGUUUACUACCAGAGGGAGGUCAGAGACUGUGUCCACGUGUGGCUGAGUGCUGACACAGACCACUUCUGCUCAUCAGAGGGGGAUAAGGGCUGGGGAUGUGGCUACAGAAACUUCCAGAUGCUCCUGUCCUCUCUGCAAAGAAUGGAGCCCUACACUACCUGUCUCUCAGAGGGGUCAGUACCCAGCAUCCCCCGGGUGCAGGUUUUGAUAGAGGGGGCGUGGCGGGAGGGGUUAGACCCACAGGGCGCCACCCACUUUAACCAGCGACUACAGGGCACACGGGCCUGGAUAGGAGCUACGGAGAUCUACGCUCUCUGCACCUCCCUCAGAGUCAGUGCCCGUGUUCUAGACUUCCACCAGCCCACGGGCCCAGGGGACACCCACCCCCGCCUCUUUGACUGGGUGAAGCAGUACUUCUCUCAGACUGCCACCAGAGGCGCCAGACUACUGCCCCGGGUGGUGCAGACCACACAGCCGCCCCUCUACCUCCAGCACCAAGGCCAUAGCCGCUCUAUAGUCGGAGUGGAACAGAAGAAGAAUGGCAGCCUGUGCCUGUUGCUCCUGGACCCUGGCUGUACACCAGGAGAUGUGAGGAAACUGCUGAGCCAAGAUGGCUCCACUGUUAGCACAGCUGUCCGCCGCAUGAGGAAGUUCCCUGGCAACCUGAAACAUAGGCAGUACCAGGUGGUGGCUGUAGAUGGCGUGCUCUCCCCCGAGGAGAAACAGACCCGCGUUCUCAACUCAAGAACACUGCAAGCCGAGAGGAUCCCUUGAUGCUGGAAUGCAGUUGUCGCAUUCAUUUUACUGGGAAUGUAAAUUUAUAACUGCCAAAAACAUUUCAUGUUGAAUUUUCUUUGAUAUUUUAUGAAGGUAAUAAAUGAUAUAUUUUUAA